ACGCAAUAAAAGAUGCUUGUGUUUGUAUUGUGCAACUAUUGCUAAUUGUUUUGUCUCAGAGUUGCAGUUUGGCAGUUAAACGUCUUUUCUUCUCUUCUCUGCAUCGAUUUUCAGAUCCAAAGUUUCUCGCGAUACGAGGAAGCAAUGUCGGAGGCUGAGGUUGGCGAUGUGAAGCAAAAGGAGGAGGAUGGUGAUGAUUCUUCUAAGAACGAAGUUGACUGUGAAAUAUCUGUGGAUGAUCGGAACGCUGACAACCCCAUGCCCUCGUCCGAGGAGGAGGAGCAAGCUAUUAAGAAAAAGUAUGGGGGGAUGCUGCCAAAGAAGCCUCCACUAAUAUCCAAGGUUGCUAACCAUUUCUUAUCAGAUCUUGCUUCUCCAAUGCUUCUGUUCCUCCUGCCAUCCGAUCAUCUGUGUGUUUGUUUGAAAUGUUCUUUUGAAACUCCUUUUUCUUCUUGGCCAAUCUUCAUUUUGCAGGAUCAUGAACGUGCUUACUUUGAUUCUGCUGAUUGGGCUUUGGGGAAGCAAGGAGCACAAAAGCCUAAAGGACCACUUGAAGCACUCCGCCCAAAGUUGCAGCCAACACAACAGCACGCUCGUUCAAGACGCUCAGCUUAUGCUCCAGCAGAUGAUAGUGAAGGUGAGGGCGGCCACAGUAAUACAUCAGCAGAAGAAGAGAGUGCCACUGAAGAUGUUGGUGGUGAUGCUCCUCAGGAACAAAGCCACCGUUAGUAGCGCAUAGGUUUGACCUAUAAUUUUCCAUUUGACACAGUGAUUAGAGUUGCUUGUGCUAAAAAACUAGAAGUUGGGGUUUUGAAGCAGUCGUAACUAUGAAUUAGAUAUAACUCUUCGCAAGUAUGGGAUUAUAUUAUAUGACGUGCUAGAAUUGCAUUGAGAGAUCUUGAUCUCUACAUUCAUUUGCGAAGGCACGAUUGUGCCAUUUGUAACAUUUGACAUCUUACAAAAUAUAAUCAUCUGCAAUAAGAUUGGAUGUGAAACUUGACAAUAA